AUGCUGGUCAGUCGUGUGUAUCACCCUCACCGAGGAAGCCAAAUUUUUGCCAGGGCAGCGCUUAUGGUUCAUGGCAUUCGCUUUGCUUCAAUGAACAAAAGUAAAACAAACACAGAGAUCUUUGAACCAUUGCCAAGAGAAGAACUUGUUACUAAAUUCAAGUCGAAAUUACGUGACCGAGAGUUUACACCAGGUUCCACACAAGGCGGCUUCCCAGAGUUCUUAGCGGAACCAAGAGAUUCCCUUCCGCUUGGUGUACGCGUCCACAAUCCUAACCAGGCCUCUCUCGCUCAACUGACCGCAAAGUGUAUGGAAUUCAUGGAAGAAAAUCAUUCACAAUGUCCAGCUAUUUUGUUUCGUGGCCUUCCGGCUCGAACAGCCGAUGACUUCUCGACUAUUGCUGGUAACAUUCCCGGAAAGCCUUUGUCGUAUGAGGUCGGUGGCAGUACAUAUCGUAAACAAGUUGACAAAAGUGUGAAGACUUAUACCGCUAGCGACGAUCCAUUAGAGGUUACUAUGGAUACGCACAACGAGAUGUCUUAUCUCAAUACUUGGCCCAAAAAGGUUCGUCGUCGUGAGAGAUAUUGUUUUUGCAGUUGUUGUCGUGUUUUGUUGUUGUUGUUGUUGUUGUUGUUAUUAUCGUUGCCAUGUAGCGUGACGAGACUAAAGAACAGCUUGAAAGGAGGCCACCCUCCCUCAUAGACUUAAUUUAUAUACUUAUAUUGCGCAAUUACUAAUAUAAGAAUUUUCAAUUUUGAAUUCAAUUUUCAAUUUUUCCUCCCUCAUGCAUCCCUGACCGUGCGGAAACAUUGCAACACGAUGGACUGGGUACCACCUUGUCCCCAAAUAUUUGCGCAGGGUCGUUACCAUGUCCUCUCAUUGUUAUCUUUCUUUAGCUUUUCUUUUACAGCGUAAAGGAGGCUGACGAUAAUUGUGGUGGUGAAACACCGUUGGUCAAGAACAGCGAACUCCUUUCCAAAUUGGAUCCCGAAGUAGUGGCGAAGUUUGAAGAAAAGGGUGUGCGAUAUGUACGAUAUUUGCGGGACAAAUCCCACGAUGAAUACAUGAAUUGGCAACACAUGUUUGGCACUGAAGAUAAAAAGGUACGAUUUGCUACUCUUUGGUAUUGAAUUCAGAAAGGCGUGCUCAAAAAAGAUUCCUGCCCUCGUAGGCUGAAUAAGUUAUAAGGAACUACUUCCUAAUCUAAAUUUGUCAGUACUCUAUGAACGACGCUAACUACUCCCGGCUUAUAUCGACAUGUGUCAGACCACGAAUUAGGUAAGCCACUCGUCUAUUUUGACCUGUCAGUCCAACAUUCCAAGCCCUAAGACUUGAGCACCCUGAAGGCAAAAAUAAAUCACGCCUAAUUCUUGUUUUACAAAGAGAAAAUUGCAAAGAGGGAACAAAGUAGGAUGAGUCUUAAGGGACACUAUUCAAAGUGCAAACUCUCCUUACGCGCUGCCUUGAUAAGUAGUCCAUAUAAACUCUAUUUUUAACCGGCAAGAGGUUCCCAUAAGUACAGGAUAUUGUCCCUGUUAUUUUCUCAGUGGACUUCUCCUCUUCGCUCUUGUAAUAAAACGCCAAAAGUACUUUGUCAAUAUCCAAUCAUUUUGACCUCGCGCUUUGAUUAAUGACGCAAUUUUUCAGGAAGCAGAGAGGCGAGCAAAAGGUAAAGGGUACCACGUGAGCUGGAAUGAAGCACAAGACUUACGUCUCUGGCAAAACAGACCCGUGUCGAUACAGCACCCGCAGACCGGAAAUAAGAUUUGGUUCAAUCAGAUAGCGGCCAUGCACAGCUCUUAUUACCAAAUUAUGCCCACGUUUAUUGGUAAAGGUAUCCCGGAUGACGAAUGCCCUUCCAACACAUAUUAUGGAGACGGAAGUCCGAUUGAACUGGAAGUAAUACAACACAUACGAGCAACAACCUGGUCAUGCGCAGUUGGUUUUCAGUGGCGAGCAGGAGACCUACUGGCAUUGGAUAACUUAGCCGUUCAGCAUGGACGCAUUGGUUACAGUGGUGAGAGAAAAGUACUCGCUUACCUUACUUGCUAG